CAGCGUGUGUUUGUGGGGCAGGGUGGUUGGUGUAAGCAGUCGCCGGGCGGUAGUGCUUUUUUGACCGCUUUUUUCGAGAAAGAAACUCACCACUGGCUGAAGAAACCCUCCCCCCCGGUGACGACUUUUGUGAGACAAUUCAACGCGGCGUCUGCGCCACACGUACAACCAACAAACGCAUCCAGGCUAUCAGAUACCUAGCCUGCUAGCCUCCCUAAAACUGACGGGGGUCUGAUGGUUAAUUAUCCAUCAGCUUUCAUCUUCCCGCUGCCUGGUUCUUCUCGCCGCGCGCCGGGCUUGCUUCGUGGUGCUUUGGUUUAGGUUGCGCGAGCACCGCAUACCACAGAUUUAAGACGAAAAACAAUAACGGUUCCCUCGGUUAGUGAGUGCUUCCCGAGAGAGAGAGAGAGCGAGCAGCGUCUCUGCGUUGCGUUGCUUCUGACACCAUCACACCCAUCUCUCCCCCACAGCCCCCUUCCACCCUCUUGUCCCCUCUUGUUUUUUUCCUCCACCCGAAACACUGGACAUCCACAAGCUGCCGGAGAGCGGCGAGGGGCCGGUGAAGCUGGGGGUGGUGACGGCACCGGACUCGCACGGAGUCACGACGACCACAGAGAAGCUCAGCCGUGGGGAUCCACCACCAACCAGCAGCAGCAGCAGCAGCAUGGACGGGCUGGCCGUAGAAGUUCGCGGCUCGAACGGGGCCUUCUACAAGGGUUUUAUCAAAGACGUCCAUGAAGACUCUCUCACAAUCGUUUUUGAAAACAACUGGCAGCCAGAAAGACAGCUGCCCUUCAGCGACGUUCGGUUGCCUCCUCCAGCCGACUACCACAAGGAUAUUGGUGAAGGUGAAGAAGUGGAGGUUUACUCCCGGGCCAAUGAGCAGGAGCCAUGUGGCUGGUGGCUGGCACGGGUCAGAAUGAUGAAGGGAGAGUUUUAUGUAAUAGAAUAUGCAGCAUGUGACGCCACGUACAACGAGAUCGUCACGUCGGAGCGUAUCAGGUCUCUCAACCCUAACAGUCCUGCCACUCGAAACACUUUCCACAAAGUCACCAUCCCCAUCCCAGAAGACCUGAGAGACAUAUGUUCAAACGACAGCAUUCACAAAGACUUUAGGAAAGCUAUCGGAGCCAACUGCAUCUUCUACAGCGCCCAAACACACGAACUCAUCGUGCUGUCUACAAACGAUACAACAGUGAAGCGUGCAGCUCUUCUGAGUGACAUGCAUUUUCGCAGCAUCCGUACCAAACUAAUCUUAAUGUCACGCAACGAGGAAGCCACCAAACAUCUGGAGACCAGUAAGCAGUUAGCGUCAGCAUACCAGGAGGAGGUGAGAGUCAGGGAGGACCUGAUGGGUCUUGCCAUCGGCUCCCAUGGUGCCAACAUCCAGCAGGCGAGGAAGGUUCCUGGUGUCACAGCCAUCGAGCUGGAGGAGGAGAGCUGCACGUUCAGGAUCUAUGGAGAGACCCCAGAGGCAGUGAAGCAGGCCAGAGAGUAUCUUGAGUUCAAAGAAGAUUACUUCCAGGUACCCAGGAACCUUGUUGGCAAAGUCAUCGGCAAGAAUGGAAAAGUCAUCCAGGAAAUAGUCGACAAAUCAGGUGUGGUUCGUGUCAGGAUUGAGGGCGACAACGACAAAAAGCUUCCCCGGGAGGAGGUAGGCAGGCAGGGUGCUGGCAGGGACGACACUGUCAGCAGCAAAGAGGGUAUGGUUCCUUUUGUGUUUGUGGGAACUAAGGAGAACAUCAGUAACGCUCAGGCUCUGCUGGAGUACCAUGUGUCCUAUCUUCAGGAGGUGGAGCAGUUGCGCCUUGAGCGGCUCCAGAUCGACGAGCAGCUUCGUCAGAUCGGGGUCGGGUACCGAGCUCCUCCGAGCAGAACUGGGCCGCCUGGUGCUGACCGGGAGAAAGGCUACACGACGGACGAGAGCAGCAACUCGCUCCACGCGUCUCGUACCUACGGAGGCCGCGGCAGAGGGAGACGGGCCUCCAACAGCCAGUACUCUGGAUACGGUGAGAAGAACGAAGGCACAAACUCUGAACUGUCCAAUGCUUCUGAGUCAGAGGACGUUGGUGAACGAGACCAGAGGCCCCGUGGUAUUGGUAGUGAUGAGAGGGGGUCCCGACGCGGUGGCAGGGGUCGUGGGGCCAACUCGGGUAGAGGUCGCGGAGGUCCCGGAUCUAAACCUUCCAACUCAAUCAGCUCAGUGCUGAGGGACCCGGACAGUAACCCAUACUCUCUGCUGGAGGGAGAGGGAGAGCUGGCUGAUGCAGACGUCGGCGAGGGCAUGGGAGGAGACCGCCGCAGACGAUCCCGCCGCCGCCGCAACGACCAGGAGCCCAGUGUGAUGGAUGCUGCUGUGGAGUCGGAUAGCCAAGCCGGCCCCAGCGAGAACGGGAUAGAUGAAGAAGCACGACCUCAGCGCCGCAACCGAAGCCGUCGCCGCCGGAACCGUGGCAGCCGGACAGAGGGAGGUUCAACCAGCCGUGACAGGCAGCCAGGAGAGAGCGUGACGGUUGCUGACUACAUAUCUCGUGCCGAGUCCCAGAGCAGGCAGAAUCUGCCCCAGAAGGAGAACCACGUCGAACCCAAGGAGAACGGCACCAGCGCAAAGAGCGACGAACGAACGCCCAUGAAGCRUUCUCCCAGCAAAGGCACGACCUCGGCCAGCGAGACCCUGACUCUGGUCAACGGGGUCUCAUAAGGAGACGACACCCUCCCCUCGCGUACCCAAGUCGAGCAAGACUACACGGCAAACUCUGUCCCUGCUUGCAUUAACUUAAACCUUAAACAGAAGAUCGAAACGUACCUGACAAAAUACCUGAGUUCAUCCAACGAGAGUGAAAAGUACAUAAAAAUGACCAACGCAUCUACUUAAAACCACACGUUAACGGUGUAUGCUAUCCUAUAUAUCAGUACUUAGUGCUUAUUUAAAAACACAACUAGCUUGCCAAAAAACAGCUGGUGGAUAUGACUUGAUUUCUAAAAAUACUGAAACACAUAAAACAGGACAAGACUUCUUUUUUUUGUUUUUUUAAACGGUUGUCUUUAUUCGUGUCCUCCUUAUUUUGAUGUUAAUUUAGUUCAUUGUUUAUCACUGGUUUGGACUCGGCGGUUGCUCUCUGAACCAAAACAACAGCGCCUCUGUAUUUAAGAGAGACGCGAGCUGUAGGCAUUUGAGCAAAGACGGUCCAAAGGCUGAUGUGAGGCAAUGUUCACACGCCGAAGAUGGACAGAUGGGAAUAUUGAUAGACAUUGUGCCUUGAAUUUGAAAAAAAAAUCUAAUAAACACUUGAGGUUUUUUUUUCCAUUCAGUUUGUUUUUUUGUUUCCUGGGAGGAAGAAAAGGGGAGGAAGUAUUCUUCCUUUUUUUAAUCUUUAAUUUUUGUUUUGAAGGAACAGACCUGUGAGGGAGUGACCAGAGAUAAAAAGUGGCAGGCCAACAUGAGGGAAGCAAAGUCUGGUGCCAAAACUAAAAUCCAAGCUGCUUGUUCUGAUUAGAGGGACAGUGGAAGCCCAGUUAAGAUGACCUUAAAACUAAACCACGAGGGGCACGAACACAAAGCCUGGGGGUGGGGGGGUCACGCUAUGUUGCCACCCUCUGUUAUUUUUUUAUAAAGUCUUUGGCGGGUCUCAGUCUGAGCCCGUACAGCAGCAGACUUGACAGUAUUUGACUCAGAGGUGGCAGCCAUGUUGGCUUCUUCAGGAAGCUCCAAACGCACGAGAGGCCCACGCCUCCUCCGUGCCGAGCGCGGCCGGCGUAGGGGGGAGGGAGGGGAGGCCAGGCGGCUGCAGGUUGUGAGAUUGGAACAGCUUCAAAAGAAAUGAGAGCUACAUGACACUCAGGCCCUAAUUUUACAGGUACACACACCCACACACACACACACACACAGGUGAGACACCAGGGGAUUCCACUGUGUGGCGCAAAGUGCCGCAGUGAAAACUGGAAGCGAAGGUGUCCGUCCUGUACCUGGCAGUUUUGGGGUCAACGCGAUGGAGUAAGAGACGGACUGGAAACCUCAGUGGCUCUCUGCUCGUGUUGUUACUGUUGUGUUGGUUACUGCUCUCCAUUUCCUUUUUUGUUGCUAUUUCCACAUCUUUAGAAAGUAUGAAAUAAAAUAUUCAAGUGAAAUCAAUCCUUUUUGUGGAAAUGAGCUGUGAUUUCUUUGUCUCGUUGUUUUUCGUUUGUUUUUGGGGUUUUUUUCUAACCUGCAUGGUGUUUUAGUGAGGGGUAGGUGGUGCCUGUCCAGUGCAUGAAGAAAGGGUGUUAAUAAUCAGCUUAACAAAAACCAUCGUUUCAUUUAGAACUGCUGCUAACCUCACACGUUGAAUGUCCAACUAAUGUAGAAACUGUUUUGGGAAGAGCGCUUUGGAACACUUUUCCCUCCCCAUCUUUUUUUAUUUUUAAUUUUUUUAUCGUCUUUCUCAGAAGAUCUGUGUCCGUGAGCUUUUUGGAGUCUGGCGAGUGUUAAACUCCGAGGACAACAUUGUGCAUGAUGGCAAACAUCCACAUGACCAAAGUUUUGAGAGACAGACAAAAGGGAGUGUGGUUGAUUUGAGAUGAACCCUCCACCCCCUUUCCCCCUCUGCUGCUGUUGUACAUUUCUGCUCACUUAUUUGUAGAGGAUGAACGAGAUCUUAAGUUUGGUUUAGUUGUGUGAGUGUGUGUUUGUGUGCGUUUGCCUUUAUACCUCAUUGUGUUAAGUACUGUAUUCCUUUCUGUCUAUCCGUCACGCUGUUGAAAGACUGCUCGGUGUGUUUGUGUGUGUGCUGGUUGUACAGUUGUCUCCUCACUGUCAGAUUGUGUCUCACUCAUGUUCUGAUGGCAAUAAAGGACUUUUCAUUGUUUUGUAAA